CCUCCUUCCUUAACCCUCCUCCGACUGCUCGCUCCAGCCUCCCUCCCGUCCCCUCCUCCGCGCGACGAUCCGCAGCCUCUUCCUUCCUCCUCCUCCGCCGCCGCCGGCGACCUCCUCCGUCAGAAGGCAAUAUCUCGCCUAAGCACCAAGUGGAAGAAUGUCAGGAGAGGAAGAUGUUCCGGCACCUGAGGUUGCGGUUGCGGUUGCGGCUCCAGCUUUGGGUGAGCCCAUGGAUCUCAAUACAGCUUUACAACUUGUGCUGAGGAAGUCCCUGGCCCAUGGUGGUCUUGUACGCGGUCUCCACGAAGGUGCCAAGGCCAUUGAAAAGCAUGCUGGACUGCUUUGCCUACUAGCGGAGGACUGCAACCAGCCUGAUUAUAUCAAGUUGGUGAAGGCGCUAUGCAAUGAGCAUAAUGUCAGCCUGAUCAAUGUCCCUAGCGCUAAGACUCUUGGAGAGUGGGCUGGUUUGUGUAAAAUUGAUUCUGAGGGGAAAGCAAGGAAGGUUGUUGGUUGUUCUUGCGUGGUUGUAAAGGAUUUUGGGGAGGAGACCGAGGCACGUCAUGUUGUUAUGGAGUAUGUCAAGUCUCACUGAGAUUAGAAAGCUUUGAGGCAUCUGGAGAGAGGCUUUUCUUAGAUAGUGAUGAGAUUUUUCUAAUUAUUUUUUAAGGAGACGGUAAACCAGUGGACAUUUUUAUCUUAUGCAUCUCUUCAUCAUCUUCCUGAGCUGAUCGAGCAACUUAGAGCGUUCAAAUGUCUUAAGGGCUUGUCGUCUUGUUUUCUUCCUAUCAAUAUUUGCAACAUUUUGACAUGUUCGAUUAUUAGCAUUUCCGAGUUUCUCUCAGAACUAAUGGUUGAUUGUUUUUGUGCGUGAUCAUUAUAUCUGUACACGAUCUUCCAACAUUCCAACUUUA